GAAUAUUUCAGGUAUCGUCUUGUAACUUCAGUGUUGGAAGGCCUUUAAAAGAAGCUCCCAAGUGCUAUACCAUUAUGUUAAUAUUGUCAUGAUAUUUCUUCCAGCAAUUACGGGCCUGUCAUGUCUGUGAGCAUUCCUCGUGAACGCUCAUUUGGUUUUGUGAGAUUCCAGUAUCCCGAGACAGUAACGCUACUAUUAUCAGACUGGAACCCUCAGAUCCCUCACUUCAUCUUGGGAGAACCAGUUCGUGUCUACCGUUAUAUCCCCAAGCCAGAAGCCAAACUAAAGAACUCUGCAGGGAACCAUGGGCUAGAAAAUGGGCGUGCACCAGAAAUGGCUCUACCACUAGCUCAUAACCAACCUUCUCACUCUCAGAUGGAAAUCGGUCCUCUAGAAGGUGGAGAUGCGACAGGAUCAUCUUACGGAGAUUCAGCAGAUCACAGCCAACCUUCUCACUCUCAAGUGGAAAUAAAUCCUCCAGAAGCUGGACAAGUGCCGAAUGGCUUGGAGAUAAAUCCUGUAGAAGGUGGACAAGUGGCAGGUGGCUUGGGCGAAGAGGCAGCAGAUGAACAGAUUGCUGAUGAGAUGGUCCCAGCUCUUCCAGGUUUUCCAGAUGUCGGUUGUUUCUACAAGCAGACCUGACCAGCCAGCAGAGCAAGUGCAGUCAUUAGAAAUCCAUUCUCCUUCAGAUGCUGUUGAUUAGAUAGAUAUACUCUACACGACAUAUUGUAGAUUAGAUGUGGUAUACUUCAGGCGCAUGAAAGCUUCAGUAGGUUACGCUGAAGCCAUAUUAUAGUGGAUCGCAAGCACUUUUGUGGUUUCCUGUAGAUCAUAUAAACCAACUCCAGAUACAGUAACGUCAACAUUGGCAAUUUUGUACAUCCGAAGGAAGCAUUUUCCUUGACUGUCUGAUUUUGGGGCCAUUCCCCUGCUGAUACAUCUAAGCAUCCUUGUAAUUCUACUC